AAGCGAUCGUAGUCUAUUUUUAUUUUUAUCCUGUGGUCCCCAGCAGCGGCAGACUGUAAACAACGUGUAUUGUGUAGCUACUUAGUUUUAUCGGUCCACAGCUCAAAGAAUAAUGAAAUAGCACCCCGAUAAAUACAGCGAAAUUAUUUGUUGCCACGGUUGAAAUAUUUGGCAUAGCGACUCUUUAACAUGGCUGAACCAAGUACCAAAAGAUUAAAAACUAAUCUUCCUGUCUGCAAGACCCACCGAGCUUGUGUCGGCAGCAAAGUGAAGCAGAAUCUCCCCACGGCUGUGGAGGAGAGUUUGUGUGGCGUCUCGACAUUGCUUCUCGAAGUCGCCUACAGGCUGGAGGCGCUGUCCCAGAUAUUUGAGCAGGAUGACAUUGCCCUGCCAAGAGUGGCAGCGUUCUUCCAUCAGGAGUCUGGGAAGGAACAGGAGCAGGCAGAGGCCAUGAUGGACUACCUGUGUGAACGCGGAGGACAGUACUGCAACAAAGACAUCCAGAAGCCCGGCUGUGAGCAGGUGUGUGCGGUGCUGCCAGCCCUGGAGUUUCUGCUGGUCCAGUGGAAGGAUGAGAUGUCUGUCCUGGUGGACCUGAGCCUGCUGGCCCGGCAGAACAGCGACCCGCACUCCGCCAGCGUGGUGAAGAGCCGCUUCCUGGGGCCCCUGGUGCCCCGGGUCAAGCUACUGGGAGACCUCCUCACCAACGCCCGCAGGCUGGGCUGCGGGCCACAGGGGACCCUUGGGGAGUACCUGAUAGACCGGCUGCAGGCCGAACUGACCAGCGCUGGGGUCGCUUAAAACGCUCGCUGGUCCCACGUGUGUUUGUGAGAAACCCCUCUGGUGAGUGGAACCAGGGGCGGAGCCAGGGGCGGAGCCAGGGGCGGAGCCAGGGGCGGAGCGAUGUCUUCAAGUGUGGGGGGGCGGGGACUGAGGAUGUGGCCGUUAAACAUGAUUGUGUUCAUGUAAAGUAUGUGUGUGUGUGAAUAGGAUAAAUGGGAAUAACUGUUCCAUACAGUAUGCAAAAAGGGAUAUUACUAUAUCCUACUUCUUUACCGGUUGAAAUACGGUAUAACUCCAACGUGCCAGCACCAUAUCAUCCAGAUGUUUAACGUGAAAAACGUUUUUUAGAUGUUACUCUCUCUGAAGUUUGUGUUUUUUUUGAUGAUAUUAUAGCUUCUUCCAAAUGUAUGACAUAAGGAAUGUGCCGUUAUAAAGCACCCAGCCUCCUCUACACUCAAUGCUCCCUCUCUCCAGAGGGCAAGCUGACAUUAGAAACACUUACAUUUUAAGUUACUUUUCCUGCAUGGCAUUUUGUGUGAAUUCAAUAAGAGGACAAGGAAAGUCUUAUCAACAUAAGGAGUGCAGUAACUGUGUGAUCCUUUCAUGCUUUCUUUUGGGGUAUUGUCUGUACCUAUAUAUCACUUCAAUAGUAAUCAUAUACCUACAAUGAAUAUUUCUUCAAAAAUAAAAUGUUGUUGAACAAA